AUGGGCGCCGCCUACCGGCCGGGGCGGGCGGCAGUCGGUCAGGCUCAGUGGCAGCCGCGACGCCGCCGCCGCGACAGGAGCGGUCGAGGUGGAGCGCGAGUCCAACUGACACACGGGUGUGGUGGCGGCGCCGGCGCGGGAUGCGCCGCCAUGCCGGUACGACACCGCGAACUCGGCGAAGAGCUCGCACCCCCGGAACCCAAGCGCUGCAGGCACUGCGACGAGAGCCGAUCGUCGUGUGGCGAAGGCGGCGGGUCCGAGGGCUCGGAGGGGCGCGCCUCGUGGCGCGUGACGCUGGACCACGACCUCGUGGAGACGCUGAGCGCCAUCUACCCCGAGUGGUUCAAGCCGCAGCACAAGCGCGAUCGCAGCCGCGCCGCGUCGCCCGCCUCGCCCGCGUCGCCGCCGCGCACGCCGGCCACGCCUCCCUCCGACGACACUUUCAGCGCCAUCUACCCCGAGUGGUUCAAGCCGCAGCACAAGCGCGAGCGCAGUCGCGCCGCGUCGCCCGCGUCGCCGCCGCGCACGCCGGCCACGCCUCCCUCCGACGACACUUUCAGGUGA